UCCCUCUUCUCCUUCUCUCUGAGUUCAUCACAGUUCUCUUCUUCUCGUCUUUGACUCGUUUUUUUUUUUUUUUCAAAUUUAUCCAAAAUUUAAAUAUAGAAAAAAAAUGCUCGAUUUGGAUUGGAAAACAAAGAUGGUAUCGUCCGAUAUGUCCUGCACAUCACCGAAACUCUCCAAUAAGUCUCGCGUUUCGCUCCCCUCUCCGCUUCGUGUCGUCGUCACCGAUUUAUCCGCUGCCCCGUCAUCUGCUUGUCUUGCUUACGAACAAUAUCUUCGCCUCCCUGAUCUCUGCAGGCUAUGGACGUCCAAAGAGUUUCCCGGCUGGAAGAACGAAUCCAUUCUCAAACCGGCGUUGCAAGCCCUCGAAAUCACGUUCCGGUUUAUCUCGCUCGUCUUAUCCGAUCCUAGACCGUACGUCAACCAGCGCGAGUGGAAACGUCGACUCGAGUCCCUGACUACUCGCCAGAUCGAGCUCAUCGCCCUCCUCUUUGAAGAUGAUGUCCAAGUCGCCGAGACUCGUGGAACUGCGCCUAUCGUCGAUGUCAGCUCAUCUAACGGUGUCUUGGCUCGUGAUAGGAGCUCGGCUGUGUGGAAGCAUCCGGGUGGAACUCCCGUCGUGAGUCGAGCCAGCGAAGCAAGCUUGCUUCCUCGGCUAGCUACCUGGCAGAAAUCAGAGGAUAUCGCUACCAAGAUCUUCUUCGCCAUCGAGUGCCAGAUGCAGAAGUGUCCAUUCACGUUAGGUUUGGGCGAGCCGAACCUUGCCGGGAAACCUAACCUGGAGUACGAUCUCAUCUGCAAGCCCUCCGAUCUCCAUUCCCUUAAGAAAAGCCCAUCCGAUCAAAAGAAUCUCGACAACCACGAGAACCAGACCCUCUUUACUACUCACCAGAUAUUGGAAUCAUGGAUCUUCGUAUCUCGGGAGCUUCUCCGACGUAUCGGUGAAAGAAUAGAUGCCCAGAAUUUCGAAAGAGCAGCAAGCGAUUGCUGGUUACUUGAACGAAUCUGGAAACUUCUCACAGAGGUGGAGGAUCUCCAUCUUCUUAUGGAUCCGGACGAUUUUCUCCGCUUGAAGAACCAACUCGGUAUCAAAGCAUCGGUGGAAUCCGAAGCCUUUUGCUUCCGGUCCAAGACACUGAUUGGAACCAUCAAAUCUUCGAAGGAUCUGAAGCACAAGGUCCCGGCGAUCUUAGGCGUGGAAGUAGACCCAAAGGGAGGGCCGAGGAUUCAAGAAGCAGCAAUGAAGCUAUAUCAUGGACAUAGAAAGGAAGAUAUCGAGAAAAUCGAUCUACUUCAGGCGUUGCAGGCCAUCGAAAAUGCUCUGAAAAGGUUCUUCUUCUCGUAUCGGCAGCUAAUAGGGAUGGUGAUGGGCAGCUUGGAAGUAAAAGGAAAUCGAGCUCUGGUGUAUAUGGAUUCUUCUGAUGCGCUGUCUCAGAUCUUCUUGGAACCAACAUAUUUUCCAAGUUUGGAUGCUGCGAAGACGUUUUUGGGGGACUUCUGGCAUUACGAGUGCGGGAUCGCCAGUAAGAAUGGAUCCGACAGAGAUCGGACCAAAUAGUAGUGAGACAAAUGUUGGAGAAGAACACGGUGGUUGACUCGGGAUGGAGUUGUAGACUCGUCUGGUUUACCUCACCCAACCGAGUACAACGCCGUCCGAGUUCGUUUUGAAAAUUAUAAUUAUUGACUUAUUUUUGCUGAAUUUUGUAGUUGAAUAUACUGAAUUCAGUUUACAACUUGUAACAAUUUUAAGAUGAUUAUAGAAAAUGUUAUGGAAAUUCUUUUCUUGGA